AUGAGUUCUUAUCCUAGGCUGAAUAGAUUAGAUGAAUUACUUGAUGCUAUUAAACAAGAAUUUCAAUAUACUAUUAAUGAAGCUUCAAGUUUUAGAAAAGUAGAAGAAGAUUUUCAAUUAAAAUAUUCUCAACAAAAUACAGAAUUACAACAAAUACGUCAGACUGUAUAUGAAUUAGAAAUGGCUCAUAGAAAAAUUAAAGAAGCUUAUGAAGAAGAAAUUUUAAGAUUAAAAACUGAAUUAGAAAAUAGAGAUAGACAAAUGAAGAAUGGUUAUCAAAAUCAACAACAGCAACAACCCCCACCACCACAACCACCAGCAGUUCAACCAGCUCAACCAACUCAACCACCAGCUACUACUGCUGCUCCACAAAUUAACCCAGUUCAACCAUCAAAUAAUACUCCUAUUGUUCCACCAAUUAAUUCAGUUCAACAACAACCACCAACACAAGCCCCAAAUCAACCUCAAACUUCAACUGCUUUAACUAUAAUUGAUAAAACUCAGUAUGUUGUAAAUCCAACCCAAAAAGCUUUACAUGUUAAAGAAAUUCCCCCAUUUUUAUCCGAUUUAGAUGUUGCAAAAGCAAAUCCAGAUUUUAAGAAACAAAAUUUAGAUUAUUAUGUUUUAUAUAAUCCAGCAUUUGCAAGAGAUUUAGAUGUUGAUUUAAUUCAUUCAUUAGAUCAUUCUUCUGUAGUAUGUUGUGUUAGAUUUUCAAAAGAUGGUAAAUUUAUUGCUACUGGUUGUAAUAAAACAACUCAAGUUUUCAAUGUUGAAACUGGUGAAUUAGUUGCAAAACUAAUUGAUGAAACUUCAACUGAAAAUAAAGAAGAAAAUGGAAACAACUCCAAUAAUACUGAAGCUCCAUCAAAUAAUGGUGAUUUAUAUAUCAGAUCAGUUUGCUUUUCACCAGAUGGUAAAUUAUUAGCAACAGGGGCUGAAGAUAAGUUAAUUAGAAUUUGGGAUUUAUCAACAAAAAGAAUUAUUAAAAUAUUAAGAGGUCAUGAACAAGAUAUUUAUUCAUUAGAUUUUUUCCCAGAUGGCGAUAGAAUAGUUUCUGGUUCAGGGGAUAGAUCUGUUAGAAUUUGGGACACAAGAUCAUCACAAUGUUCAUUAACUUUAUCAAUUGAAGAUGGAGUUACAACAGUUGCAGUAUCACCAGAUGGAAAAUUAAUUGCUGCUGGUUCAUUAGAUAGAACAGUUAGAGUUUGGGAUUCAACUACAGGUUUCCUUGUUGAAAGAUUAGAUUCAGGAAAUGAAAACGGUAAUGGACAUGAAGAUUCAGUUUAUUCAGUUGCUUUUAAUGUAAAUGGAAAUCAAAUUGCUAGUGGAUCAUUAGAUAGAACUGUUAAAUUAUGGAAUUUGGAAGGUAAAUCACCAGAUUCAAAAAAUUCAAGUUGUGAUGUAACUUAUAUUGGUCAUAAAGAUUUUGUUUUAAGUGUUUGUUGUACUCCAAAUAAUGAAUAUAUUUUAUCAGGUUCAAAAGAUAGAGGUGUUAUAUUUUGGGAUCAACAAAGUGGUAAUCCUUUAUUAAUGUUACAAGGUCAUAGAAAUUCAGUUAUUUCAGUAGCUGUUUCUUUAAAUUCUCAAGGUACUGAAGGUGUAUUUGCAACUGGUUCUGGUGAUUGUAAAGCUAGAAUUUGGAAAUGGACAAGAAAGUAG